CGCUCGUCAGAUCUAUCCGCAACCUCGGGCUUCGCCUUCUCUGUUGCCCGCGCCAGCGAAGCAGAGCCGCUCUCGCCAAUCACCAACAUCACGGCGCGAUGGUAGCCCUCCUCCGUUCCUCGUCGCAUCGACCUACCUAGCCUCCCACGCGUCCCACCCAGUGCCUCCACCCCGGCCGCCUCCCCUCCCCGGCGCUCGACCCCGAUCUACCGGCUCUACACGCGCCCGAGUAUGAAAGGGCUUCCUCUCGCCCUCCCGCGUGAUCUGUCCGCCUGCACGCGGGCAUGGUGCUGCCUCGGACCCAUCUCCCGCGGACCUCUCACCGGUGAUCGGCAUCGUCGCCGUCUUCGUCACGUCCGGCGCAAUCUGCCGCUACCGUAUGUUUCUCGUGCUCUGCUAGCUGUUGAGAAAGCUGCCCGUUUCUUCAGUUGUCAGCUUCUUUCUCAAAAUCCAGCAGCCUCCUUCAGUUCUCCCCGCGCCGUCGCGCUCGACCCCUCUGCCCCAUCUACCCGAGCCGCCGCCUGCACAGACGCUCCGGCCCAGCGCCCGCAGACGAGCCUGCCGACUCGCCUCGUCCGUCCCGUCCCCCCGUCCCCCCCCCCCCCCCCCCUCCCCGCCGGUCCCCGCAUCGGAGAUUGA